AUGAGUGAAUCAAAUGAUUCUUCAAUCCCACCUCGAUUGCCUGUCGACAAGACCAGAUCCAAAAAUGAGAGACGCCCAUCGCCACUCAAUCCUGCAGCUGCUAGUUCGGCCAACUCUCUGGGUCAAAGACCGGAAGCAACAACACUACUACCUGGCAUUCGAGCCUCCGAUUCGCCAGGAUCUGCGUCAAGUCAAUCUCCACUACAACCACAGACUACCUCACCAAAUCAGCCUCCCUCAAAUAUAAAUAUACCCAAUGUCUCGAUGCUUGGACAAGACCAUAAUCACAACCAGUCGCCAUAUGCUUCGUCACAACCAAUGUUGGUACCUCUGGCUGAUUCUUCGGAUACUAGUAAUGGAUCUACUGGAAAUAUACCCAUAAGGAAACGUAACUUACAGGCUAUACCAUCUUCUCUUCGACGCUUGUCGCGCAGCUUCUCUGAUAAUGACGCUAUCGAGUCUGUGGGUAAUGCUUCAUCCGCAAUUGGAUCUGCCCCAAUGUAUUCGCAACAACAACAGCCAGGUGCUCUACCACCAUCAGGAUUUGGCCCUCCAUCUGUAAAACCAAUAGCAGUCCCGUCACAUCUACCUCUACGUAAACUAUCCAGGUCAUCAGCAUCAGAUUCUGAUGGCUCCGAAAUGGGAAUCCCAACGUCACCUAAUACUCUCAGUUCACCACCGAAUGCGAACUUACGAGUUGCUGGACAACGAAGAAGAGCUUCUAUAUUGACAGAAUCAGGAUGGAGUAGUGCAGCACGAUCAGAGGCAUCACCUCAAUUUGGUAGCACGACUCCUCAACGACAUAGUUAUUAUAUGCCAAAUCCAGAAGAAACUGAAGAAUUGUUUAAACGAUGGGGUACUUCACCUGUACCCAUGACUCCAUGGAUGGAAAAGUCAGCUAUACCCUCUUUAAUAGGUCCUUCAGCAUCAUUAAGAUAUGAGCAUCCUACACCUGCCGAACCACGACAUUUAUACUUUUUAUCCACUUCAGCUCCAGAUGUUAGAUGGUCUCAGCCAAGAGAGGCUCGAUCACCCUCGCCAACGUCACAGCAUCGUGUGUCACUUGGCUUGUCAUCGCCUGCAACAUCUAAAGUCACCAAGAAACGUACAUCAGUCACUCCCGUCCAGCGUCCAAGUACUGAUCGUAGGCCAGGUAACUCAUUAGCGUUGCUUACGUCACCUGUGAACCCGAAUCCUUCAUCUUUACCGCCCUCGUCCUUGCCCAACAAUCUUGCUGACUCACGAGCAAGACGCAUGCGGACGGCAUCAGCAGUACCAGAUGCAACAUUUUCGCCCAGGCCAAAAUCGAGCAAUGUUGCUGCAGUGCCAACGAUGGAGUCAAUGCAAACGCAAUAUAGUAUGAGCCACACAGAUUAUCAAAUAUUUACUGGUCUGGUAGAAAAGGCACGUCAAGCCAAAAAUCAUAGGUGGGCACAAUUGGACAUGGUGGCCAUAUGGCCCUCAUUCCAUGAUGGAUUUGAUAUUCCUACAUCUUCUAUACGCCCCAGUCCUGGAAACGCACAUCAUAGUAAUAGUGGUAGUCGGCCUAGUAGUAUAUUUGAUUCACCAGUAUUUCAGCCCACUGCUAUGGACUUUAGGAGUCCAAGUCCAUUCUUUCAGCUGGAUGACGAUGAUGAGGACGAGUAUGAUUCUGAACGAGAAUCAUCUGCAUCUUCGUCAAUAUCACGUGGGCAAAGCUUUACAACGAAACCUGAUCCUAAAUAUACUCGGCCAGGACGAACGAAUCGACCUUUACAUGUCACUACAGGGAUAGGCAUAGGUUUGGAAAACAGUCCAAAUGUAGGAAUGUCACCUUCAAUUAGUGCUAAUACUCCAUUUACUUCAUCGACAUCUGGAUCCAAUUCCCAAACAUCGGAUAGUCGGCCACGAGAGCUGAAUAGGUCCUUGUCGGAUAGUAAUUUAGAUGAUUUCUUGAAGAGCUAUGAACAGCUGAGAAACCAACUUAAUGUAGUCAAAGGUACAUGUGACGCAGAAGUAUCUAGAGUCAUUGCCGAAUUACAUGAACAUGUAGAAAGGCAACUACAGGAAAGAUUUGAAGCAGCCGCUCCUGGUGAUCUCAUGACUGGAAGUAAGAGGAUGUCGUAUACUGACUCAUCACGAAGGACGUCAGAUAUACAUCAUAUGCCACUCCAACAUCGAAUGUCGGUGGCGUCUACACUAUCAGAAACCAGUAGCUCUGGCACUGACUCUCUUCCUCGUAACACGCAGUCGACCAAUGUUUUAUCGGGCAACGCUACCGCCAUCGCAAAGGAUAAAGCGGACAGUGUUCCGCAAUCACCGAGAUCACCUCGACCACCAAGAGCACCAUCUCAACAAGGUCGAUAUUCUUUAGCUAGCAAUCGUAGUGUGCCAGAGUCGUUUGGAUCGGUAGAUGAAGAUGCGCCUCCAUCCCUACUUGAAGCAGCCAUGUCCGAGCUCACUGCGGUUGGACAGAGUAUAUUAGAAACAGAUGGCUCUCAACUAUUAGAACUUGGAGCAUGUCAUAACAUUCUCAACACAUUGUUUACCUUGCAGCAUCAAUGGACAAUCAAUCAAGAUUGGCCAUUCAAAGGAGCAGUCGGUAGAAUCCUUUUGGCUUUCGGAACUGUUGUUUCGUUGGUCGAACAUUUAGAAGAAGAUGAACGGUCUUGGACUGCUGCCGUAUCGAGCCGCGUAGCUGCUAUUUCCGCUCAUCAUUCCAACGCCAACAGCAACAACGGUAGUAAUCGUAAUGGCAGCAACAAUAAUAAUAAUAUCAAUAGUAACAACAGAUCUACUGGACAGGAAGGCUCAUCUUUGCCUUCAUCUCAAAGGCAAUCUGUCGUUGACCGGGUUUUUGAACGACGUGCUUCUACCGCCAGCUCUCUGGCCGGAACAGAUGACGAAGGUAGUGCCAGUGGCAGUAUAAGUGAGAGUGGUGCUGAAGGAACCCGAAGCCCUCCUUUGAGACGUGGUCGCAGGCGAAGGAGAACACAUGUCGCUACUGCUGCUGGUGGUAUUGCUGCACCUGUUGAAUCCGGACCAGGAACACCUCCACUGCCGACUCGACCUCCUCGACCGCCACCAUCACCAUUAGCUGAUCCAUUGCGUUCUCAGAUGCAACACGACUGGUCGUUGACUGAAUUACGGGCUGCAGCUGAUGAAGGACAGAGUCUAAAUGUCCUCAUGGAAAUAGCACCAGAUGGCUCCAUACUGUAUAUAUCUCCCAUAGUCAGUCAUGUAUUUGGAUUUGAUGCUUCAGAACUAGUAGGAAAGCACCCUGCAUUCUUGCCAGAGAAUGGACCCGAUGCUCUCACAUUCAAGGAGGCAACAGAUGGCCUCUUAGCAACCUUUAUACCGCAAUCAUCUGCUGCAAGCAUGCCUUCCAGUGGACAGAUUGGUUCUGAGAUUCGAUACCGUGCUAGAAUAAAAGACGGUAGAUGGGUACAGAUGGAGGGUAAAGGUAUUGCUAUAUACGAUCGAGCUACUGGUAAAGCCCGAUCGACAAUAUGGAUCACACGGCCUGUUCAACUUAUUGGUGAAGGUUGGGAAGAUAUAGAUACCGCACGAGCCAGUGAUGAGGAGUGCUCUGACGACGAAGACGAUGGUGAUAUUAGUGAAGAUGAAACAGAUGGUGAUACAGAAGAAGAUUUGAAUCAAAGUAAUGAAUUAGAAACAACUCCUUCAGAAGGUGAUAGAAUGGUCGUGACGAAUAAUGUGGGAGACGAAGCAAAUGAGCCUUCGACAUCGCUUGCUACGCCACCAACAGAAGCUGCAGAGCCAGAGAUUAUUGUGGUCUGCUGUAAUAUAUGUGAACGUACCAUCCCUGCAGUGCUCUUUGAAGAUCACACUGCAGUAUGUGGGGACGUGCAUCGAACGGAACAAGCCAUUGUUCUGAUGAACGAUGAGCUUCGCGAAACUCGUCGUCAAGUCGCAGAGCGAUACGAGAAUCUCAAGGAACAACUCGAUGAUUUAGAUGAUGUAGCUAGAAUGUAUGUAGGACGACUGACACUCAUCUUGCGUGAUAUACUGGGUAUAUUAGAAGAAGCCAUCUUGCUACCUAUGCCUGAGGAUGAUGGAGAUGAUGCCUUACAUGGCAAUCAUCGACGAAGCAGCUCUCAGCGACUCUCACAUAUGACAGCGUCAACGAUCUCACCAUUGACACCUUUACCAGGCAGCAGUCCACCAAGUCCAUCCGUUAUACUAGACGCUGAAUCAGACUAUGCCACCCGUGCUCGAAAAUUGGCUCAAUGGAGGUCACCGAAUGAAAAGGAAUUUUAUCCUCCCUCCGGCACAUCGACACCCUCUGCGUCCGAGCCAUCGUCUCCUCAUAUAAGUACACAUGGUCCUCCCAAAAACGUAGAUCCAGAAUUGGAAACACUCGGAAUGGGUGCUUUACAAUUGUGUUUGGUAGUGGCAAGACUCGUAAAUGAUAAGGGAAGUCACUGUGAAAUCAUGAAGGAGGCCUUGGUACGAUAUAUAGAGUCGGCUGCCAAAGAAGAAGCGCUCAGGCUCGGGCUUGAGAAUCCGAUUAGUAUCGAUACUGUGUCACCAGACACCAUUCCGGUUGGUGGUGGCAUGAAGGUGGUAUCAUCGCCUGCUUCAGAGCCUGGUUCACCUCCUGUAAAUAGUAUUCUACCAGAUAAGCAAAGUCCAGGAACAGUUGAAACUGAUGUUGGCCCCAAACUGACUCGCAAGAAGGGUAACAGGGCUCUGCGAGACGAAAACGCUACGUCUGCAGACAGACCUGGUCGUGGUAGACUGGAUAGAAAGGGUGUAACGGAUGACAAAAGAUCGGAAGGAGAGCCAUCUGCUACUCCUCUCUUUGGAGGUCCACCCAUAUCUAAGUUCAAGCACUUCUUCAACUCCUUGUGGGGUCGAGACAAGUCACGAGAAAGACGGGCGUCAGUCCGUGCAACACCUCCGGGCUCACCACGUCAGUCUUCAUUGUCAAGAUUUGAUACUUCAGAUGCUGCCAAAGCUGUUCCCCUUGGCAAAGCUCAAGAGUUUCAGUCUUUGGCAGAUUUAGCGGCGUCUAAAGAUGGUGGUGUUGGAGGUAGUGAUGUGUCGCUAACAAGUCAUCGUCCAGGAGACAAACUUGAGAGUCAAGAUUCAAAUAGCGUCAACAGUAUAUCGUCGCCCACUUCUCCUGUCAGCAUCACUACUCCUACCAUUGCUACAGCUCAAUUGCAAAGGUCUACUCCUUCGAUUAAAGAUUUCGAAAUCAUUAAGCCCAUAUCGAAAGGAGCGUUUGGGUCUGUGUAUUUAGCCAAACGCAGAUUGACUGGUGAAUACUUCGCCGUUAAGGUCUUGAGAAAAAAUGAUAUGGUGGCGAAGAAUCAAGUCACAAAUAUAAAGGCUGAGCGCAUGAUUUUGACUCAAUUGGACUCUCCAUAUGUCGUUAAACUCUAUUUUUCGUUCCAAACCAAGGAAAAUUUAUAUUUGGUAAUGGAAUACCUGAAUGGUGGUGAUUGUGCAGCUUUAAUCAAAGCUGUUGGCCAAUUGGAUGAAAAGUGGGCUAAAGGAUACAUUGCUGAGCUAGUCUUGGCUUUGGAAUAUCUUCAUGAUCGUGGUAUUAUUCAUCGUGAUCUCAAACCUGACAAUCUGUUGAUUGAUCACAACGGUCAUAUAAAAUUGACAGAUUUUGGUCUUUCCAGAGCUGGAUUUCGCGGGCGAACAGCACCUGGAGUGUGGGAGAAGCCUUCGCAAUCAGCAUCGCCAUCAAGUCAAUCGGCUACUUCACCAAUUGCAAUUGGUGGAUUACCAGCUCUAUUAGAUAAACCACCUCAUACACCAACAAAUCUAACAAGUAAUCCAUGGACUGCAGCAGCCGCUUUAUCACCACCAUCAUUUUUAACAUCGCCAUCAUCCCAUCUACGAACCCAUUCCCGUCGAUCAUCUAUAGCUAGUACUAUGAGCACGCUCUCUACUGAUGGUGUAACACUGCCACCGACAACACCGCCCUUUUUAGCAGCCACGUCAGUUCCUGCUUCGCUAAUACCAACCCUUACACCGAGCAAUGCACCGACGAUAGCACCAACAAUACCACCCAUAGAAGAAGUGCCUAGCGAGAAGCUCUUUGUCGGAACGCCUGAUUAUAUAGCACCAGAAAGUAUUGCAGAUAUAGGACAAGCCAGCGUAGAUUGGUGGGCUGUUGGUGUGAUAUUGUAUGAGUUUCUGUAUGGAUUCCCGCCCUUUCAUGCUGAAACACCGUCCAAGGUGUUUGAAAACAUACUGAGUAGAAACAUUGACUGGCAUGAAGAUGAGAUAGACAUCUCUCCAGAGGCCAGAGAUCUGAUGGAAAAGUUGCUGUGUACUGACUUUAAUCAACGCUUUGGAACUCGAGGUGGUGCACGGGAAGUCAAGAAUCAUCCCUUCUUCAGUGAUAUACACUGGGAUGAAUUGGCAUCUGUAGAGCCGAGUUUCGUGCCAAAGGUCAAAGACGAAGAAGAUACCGAGUAUUUUGAUACUCGCGGAGCAAGAAAGAGCUUCCCCGACGAAGAAGAGAAUGAUGCACCUAUAAGUCCAACUGAGAGUCAGAAAGGUGGUAUACCAACCGAAAAUCCGUCAUGUCUAAAUACGCCAACAGCAUCCGUACCAACAUCACCCACCACACAGCAAACUCCCAUAUGGAAUAAUCCAUCUGGAUCGAAUGCAGGUACUCCCAGUCGACGUAAUAGCAAACCAGAUUCUCCUCCGAAUGCUGAUUUCGGAGAGUUUGUAUACAAAAACUUGCCCUUGUUGGAGAGAGCGAAUGCUGUCAUUGUAAAGAAACUUCAGUCUGGUCUCGCUGCUGGUAGCUCUUCGUCGCUUUCAACUGAUCGAGCAAAAGAAGCUCGAUCUCGUAAUAGCACAGUGGCUAGUGGAGCUCCAUGGUCUGAGUCUGGACGCGGUACUUUAGCGUCAUUGGCAGGUCUUCCCGCACCUAUAGCAGUGCCACAUAACAGCGGUAGCAGUAGUGGUGGAGGAUCAUAUCGUGAACGGCAAUCAUCCGUGUCGAGUAACGAGGCCACAACGCCCACACUCAUGGUAGAGCCAACUAGCCCAACGAAUGAUGGAGGACUUAUGUUUCCUGAAUCCUUCAGACCACGUCAAAAGUUGCUGGACGAACACACUAUGGCUCGUCGUAAUUCCUUGCCAUCACGUCUCAGGACACUGAGUGGACCAAGUAAUGCAGCUGCUACAGGUAGUACCACGGUGUCAUUGGGAUCGUAUAGUCCAGAGCAGCAUUUACAAACAGCAAAGCAGCAGUUACUGUUACAACAGCAAGCUCGUAGUAGGUCCGGUAAUCGAGGUCAUAGUCGUGCUCAAAGUCGAACGGACGCGCUACUCCUUGCACGUCGUGAUUCUGUACCUGAAGGUGCAAGGCCUAUGGAUAUAUUGGUGGUGGAUGAUAAUCCUAUGAUUUGUAAAAUAUUGGAGACUAUGCUCGUAAGGCUGAAUUGUCGAGUCGUAGUAGUCCGAAAUGGAGCUGAAGCCAUUCGAUGUGCUAUGGGUGAUGUCAAGUUUGAUGUCAUCUUUAUGGAUAUCCGUAUGCCUAUAGUCGAUGGAGAAACAGCUACAAGAAUGAUCAAAUCCAUCAACAACAUCAACCAAUAUACCCCAAUCAUUGCCAUAACGGCAUAUGAGCAAACAUUUUCAGUAGUCCAACUCUUUGAUGAUGUUAUGCCGAAACCUGUAUCAAAAGACAUGGUGACUCGCAUUUUGAGAGCAGUGGCAGAUGCCCAGAGCACUCAACCACAGCCUCCUAUCGUUCGUAGUCAAGUCGUUCAUUCUUCAGUAUACUGGAAGCAUUAUGAUGAAAAGCAGAAGUCAUCCAUGCUAUUUUCCAAGCCAAUCUCCACCACAAUCACAGAUAAUUCGCCAAAUCAACCUACUUCAAAUGCAAACAUACCGAAUGUCUCGUUGGUUGGACAAGAUCAUCAUAAUAACAACCAGUCGCGAUGUGCUUCGUCACAACCAAUGUUGGUACCUCUGGCUGAUUCGUCGGAUACUAGUAAUGGAUCUACUGGAAAUAUGCCCAUAAGGAAACCCGCCGCUUUAUCACCACCCGCAUUUGUAACAUCGCCGUCAUCCCAUCUGCGAACCCAUUUCCGUCAACCAUCUAUAGCUAGUGCUAUGAGCAUGUCCUCCUCGAAGUUUGCUGAGACCCCUGAUUAUGUGGCACCAGAGAUUAUCAAUGAUGUGGUUGAUCCAGCCAGUGACUGGUCGGCAUUGGGUGUAAUCUUGUAUGAAUUUCUGUAUGGCUUUACGCCGUUUGACGGCGAUACCGUUGAAGAGCUUUUCAAAAGCAUUGAGACUGGGAUGAUUGACUGGCCCGAAGACGAGACAGAUGUUUCCUCUGAUGCCAGAGAUCUAAUGGAGAAGUUGCUCUGCACUGAGUUUAAGCAACGUCUUGGAAGUCGAGGUGGAGCACAAGAGGUCAAGUAUCAUCCCUUCUUUAGUGAUGUACACUGGGACGAAUUGGCAUCUGUAGAGCCCAGCUUCGUGCCAAAGCUCAAGGACGACGAGUCUACCGAUUGCUUUGAUGGUCGGGGUGCAGAACCCAUGUCUGAAGACAAAAGCUCUGAAACGCCCAAAGUUACCAGUGCUGAAUAUCAUCAUGCUACUACCGAACAUCCGUCAAGUCUAAAUACCUCAACAGCAUCACUACCACCAUCACCCACCACACAGCGAACUCCCUUAUGCAAUGAUCCAUCUGGAUCGAAUUCAGGUACUCCCAGUCGACGUGGUAGCAAAACAGAUUCUCCUCCAAAGGCUGAUUUCGGGGAGUUUGUCUAUAAAAACUUGGACCCUCUUGGAACGUGCUAA